AUGGUGGUGGUGGAGGUAGUGGAGGUGGUAGUGGUGGAGAUGGUGCUGGUGGAGGUAGUGGUAAUGGAGAUGGUGGAGGUGGUAGAAGUUGUGGUGGUGGAAGCGGUGGUGGUGGAGGUAGUGGUGGUGGAAAUGAUGGAGGUGGUGGACAUGGUAGAGGUGGUGGAGAUGGUGGAGAUGCCCAUAGCUGGGGAGCAGGACAUGGGCCGGCGGCCCACGACGCUGGUCACACCCCUCUGGCUCUGGAGGAGGGAAUCCAGGUGGGAAUUUCAAGUCAUGUUUUCCAGGAUGCCAGGGACACCCCCAGCCGGGACCCCACCCAUCUCGGGGCAAAAGCGGGACCACCCACUGAGCUUCGCAGUGGCUCAGCACCUGCCCGAGGACUUGGCACAGCGGCAGCAAGGUGUAGCUGCAGGGACCACACCUCCCAGUCAGGCGCGGCGGCGCAGCCGGGACAUCGACGCGGGGCUGGCCCGCGAGCGGCGCGCCGUGCGGCGCCUGGUCAAGAUCCUGCUGCUGGGUGCGGGCGAGAGCGGCAAGUCCACCUUCCUCAAGCAGAUGCGCAUCAUCCACGGCCGCGAGUUCGACCAGAAGGCGCUGCUCGAGUUCCGCGACACCAUCUUCGACAACAUCCUCAAGGGUUCACGAGUUCUUGUGGAUGCGCGCGACAAGCUUGGCAUUCCUUGGCAGCACUCCGAAAAUGAAAAGCAUGGGAUGUUCCUUAUGGCCUUUGAGAACAGAGCGGGACUGCCCAUGGAGCCAGCCACCUUUCAGCUGUAUGUGCCUGCUCUGAGCGCGCUCUGGAGGGACUCGGGCAUCAGGGAAGCUUUCAGCCGGAGGAGCGAGUUUCAACUGGGUGAAUCGGUGAAGUACUUCCUGGAUAACCUGGACCGGAUCGGCCAGCUGAAUUACUUUCCUAGUAAGCAAGACAUCCUACUGGCGAGGAAAGCCACCAAGGGCAUUGUGGAACAUGACUUCGUUAUUAAAAAAAUCCCUUUUAAGAUGGUGGAUGUGGGUGGCCAGCGGUCUCAGCGCCAGAAGUGGUUCCAGUGCUUUGAUGGGAUCACAUCCAUCCUGUUCAUGGUCUCUUCUAGUGAAUACGACCAGGUCCUCAUGGAGGACAGGCGCACCAACCGGCUGGUGGAGUCAAUGAACAUCUUUGAGACCAUAGUCAACAACAAGCUCUUCUUCAAUGUUUCCAUAAUCCUGUUCCUCAACAAGAUGGACCUCCUGGUGGAGAAAGUGAAGACCGUCAGCAUCAAGAAGCACUUCCCAGAUUUCAAGGGCGACCCUCACAGGCUGGAGGAUGUUCAGCGCUACCUGGUCCAGUGUUUUGACCGGAAGAGAAGAAAUCGCAGUAAGCCGCUCUUCCACCACUUCACCACCGCCAUAGACACUGAGAACAUCCGCUUCGUGUUCCAUGCUGUGAAGGACACCAUCCUGCAAGAGAAUCUGAAAGAUAUUAUGUUGCAGUGAAAGAGGAAGCUCCUUACUGUUGUCGUCCUUAAGCAGCCUCCAUGGCCACUGGUCAGAUCUCCCCGGUGUGUAUUAUCCACCUGGUCUUGGAGUGGGUUUCUUGGAUCCAUGCCAUCCAACGCCUGGCUCAGGAAUGCUGUGAAGCCAGCCUUGCCAACCUGCUCUAGGCCAAAGGACAUGGAAACGUUGACGUUAGCUACUGAAUCCUGGGGACUAGUGAAACUACUGAAAAUCCUAGUGAUCACUUUGGUAUUAAUUUGUAAUACCUAAUAACACAGCUUUCUUUCUUUUUACAGAAACUUUAUUUCUUUUCUGACACAAUUUAAUGGAGCAUUAUGUGUGUGUGUGCGCGCACACGCUGUCUUUAAUGACAGAAACACAUAAACCAGCUGCCUUGCAGAUGGCUUUUCUCUCUAACUUGCGAGUCUUCAGUGAGACACACUAACCCAAAAGCUUUGCCUAACAGUAGUCUGUAGGAGAUCAAAUGCAUGCUGAUGCUGCUAAACUCAGAGUGCCCACGCCGGGCCCCGGGCCCCCAGCUGUGGGGUCUCAAUGCCACCUCCCAAAGUGAGCGAGUUGCCUUUUAAAACUCUUGUGCCAAUUUCCUGAGACCCGGUCCAGGCGUAUUAGAUUAAGCCAAGGGCCCCCCAGCUUUAGAGGCUGGGAGUGAGAGCUCCACAGGUGUGGACUUGCCUUAAUGCCCCACCGUGUGCGCGGUUCUUCCUGCCUUGUCAGAGUGCCCAGCAGCACAGCACUAGGUGGAGAUGUGUGGGAACAGUGUGCUGACAGCGAAUGUCUGCCCCAUAUGCACAGAGGUGCUCACUGCUCCGUGCCCAUCCACUGGCAAAGACAUGUACACCAAGUGGCCUUACAGAUGCCCUCUCCGUCUUACCAGUCAUCUUCUGAUACCUGCAGGUGGCUGCAUUCCACGUUUCCUUCUUUUGGAAGUAGUAGAGAGCUUUCUGUUCCUUGCAGGGGCUUCUGGAAGCUGGCAGGAUUACUAGCAAAGCCUUUGUUAAUGCCACAGCUGCUUGGUGAGCUAACAGCUGACCUUUCAGGAAGCCCACAGACCCCGGAGAAAUCUGAGUUUCUCCAGACUGCCACUACACCAAUGCCUUUGGACAGUCGGUCCCUGUUCUCAGCUCCCUUGUAAACCUUGAUUCGUAUCAAGGUCUCCUGCUUCUGUUCAUGUACACGUGCAUAACAAGUAAACACUACCAGACACAGCUCUCGUCGGGGGAAGCUGCGGAAGGCUGUGAUGUUGACAUGAGCUGGCAAACCUGACACUCAGUUAACUUGCUCAGUUACCUUUGUCCAGGGGUCUUUCACUGUGUUUAAAAAUACAUUGCAUUCCAAACUGGUCCCCGCUGUGUAUUACUCUACUAAAAAAGUCUAUCUAGUGUGUUUAGGACUUUUCCUAGCAUUUAAAA